ACGGAUCAUACCUACGGUCCAUGACCUAGGGUCCUUCGCGAUGGUCUUACAUCCAGACAGAGGUCGUCGGGGCAGAGCUCCGGGCGUUCUCGUCCGCGCCGUGCUUUUGGGCGCUGCUCUGCUGAGCUUCGAACCGCUCCGAGGCCUUUGGAGCUUCGUGUCCAGUCCCAGGCCAAGUCGACAGCAUGCACGUACGGCGGCCCAUGCGGGCGCGAGGUCUGACAAGAGACCCUCUCCCAUCCCGGAGCAGGUGUCGGCGAUCCUGCAGAGAUAUGCCAAGACGCUCAAGGUCUCGGAGGUGAAGAGCUCCUUCCAGAAGAUCCUUGACUCAGGCACUACUCUCGCGGUGGGGCAAUACAACCGGGCACUGGAGGCCAUGGCCAAGGCCAAGCGUCCAGGGGAUGCCGCGGAGUUUUUGACGUUCAUGGAGGCGCAGGUUCAGCCGGAAGGGGCUGCUUACGACCACCUGGUCACCAGCCAUUUGAAUGCUGGUGACUUCGAGGAAGCUUUGAAGACGCUGUUAUCAUCGCCCACAGUUCUCUUGAAGACCUGCAAGCGCCUGCUGCGAAGCUUGCUGGAGCAGAAGAAAGACGUGAAAAGUGCCACAAGGCUCAUGAGCUGUAUGCCAGCGAUGGGUUUACAGCCCAGCUAUCCCAUGUACAAAGGCAUGGUGGCGGCCGCGGCCGAGGAAGGUAAUCUAGACCUGGCAGACCGUUGGUUUCAGCAGCUGAAAGAGAAUGGAAUGCAGCCAGAGAGUGGAUUGUUUGUUUCCUUGAUCAAAGGUUGCUGGAAGGCUAGAGAUCCCGAACGCGCAGUUCGGUACUUCAAUUUGAUGCGACGACUUCCGGGGGAGGAGGCGACGUUCCCACGAGGCACCUACAGCUGGUUGAUCCGCAGCCUCGCGCAGGACAGAGACGCCGAGUCAGCAGCGAACUUGCUGGAGAGGAUGCGUGCAGCUGGCCUGGAUCCGAGUUUGGAGACCUACGAAGCUGUCUUGAAGGCCUGGAGCGAGCUGCAGCUUCCCGACAUGCGAAAGAAGUUGGAACAGUCCUGGAUCCAAGGGCUGAAGGCCAACGGAACGAAGGUGAGCCGAGAUGUCUACAAGACACUCAUGCGGGCGUCCAAGAGCGACAUUCGAUCGAUGGAAGAAUGGAUGAACCAAAUGCAGAUGGCUGGACAUUGGGUCGGCGUGUACGAGUACAACAACCUACUUCAGGCUUGUGAAAGUGCGAUCGACUAUCGCUCAGCGGAGAAAUGGUUUGACAGGAUGACGCAGGCCAAUGUCACGGCGAAUGCCGUGUCUUACAACUUGAUCAUCAAGACCAUGGCCAAGGCCGGACAGCCCAAGAAGGCCAAGCAAUGGGGACGCAGAAUGGAGCAAGCAGGUCUUCUUUCAUCGAAGACUUUGCAGUUUGAGUUGGUUGUGAAGAGCUUGCUUCAGACCAGCCAAAAUUCAGCGGACUACAUCGCUGGAUGGGCGGCAAAAGCAAAUGAGCUGAAGAAGGACAUGAAUGCCUCGGUCUAUCACAACGUCAUGCGGGCCUACUUCCUGGAGAACAAGCCAGAGGAAGCCAGGCAAUGGGUUGAGUGGAUGGAGACAAAUGGCACCUCUACGAAUAGCGAGACCUACAUGAUGCUGAUGAGGUACGAUGAUCGCCAGACCACAUUUUGGCACCAGAAGAUGGACGAGAAGGGUGUUCCGCCCAGUACCGACAGCUUCAAUUUGGUGCUGCGCUCCCUGAGCGAAGUCAAGGGCAAGAAGAGACUUCCCUUGGUCGAAGAGUGGUAUGAGAGGAUGCAGGAUGCGGGUUGCCCCCCGAACGAGGAAACCUAUGCCCUGCUGAUCUCCGCUGCCGCUAAGAGCGGCCAAAACGAGGCGGGGGAACAGUGGUUCAGCAAGAUGACCAAGAGUGGCCUAAGUCCGGACCGCGAGGUGUAUCAAGCCUUGAUGCUCCGAAGCCUCCGAGAGGGGGACCCGGUGGCUGUCAGGCAGAUCUUGGACUGGAUGGUCUUGAAGGGCAUUAAGCUCAACAGGGGCAUGUACAAUCUGGCGAUCCGCGCCUUCGCGGAGGCCGGCGAGGCCGAGGGCGCCGAAGAGAUCUUCCGGAGGCUACAAGCUGCUGGCCGCGAUCCCGACGAGAGGAGCUUCUUCCACCUCAUUGAUUGCCAUGUGCGGCAAAGAGCGAUGGAAAAGGCGAGAGACUGGCUAGACCAGAUGCUGGAGAUAGGUGUGAGGCCUUCGUUUCGCAUCUACGCUGCUCUGGCUGCUGGCUAUGCCAGGACAGGAGAUGUCGCCAGCACCAAAGAGUUUUUAGACACGAUCAAGGUCAAGAUGUACACCUCCAAAAUCACCAGGGACACUUGGACUGCAAUGAUGGAGCCGGUCUUGUGGUGCCUGGAGCAGGCGGGGGAGGAGGAGGAAGUGCAGAACUGGCUCGCCUUCGCGGAGCAGAAAGGCUUCCCCGUGAACGUCGCCGAGCCCAUGGAAGCUGACGAGGAUGCUGAGAUGAAUGCACCACAGCAGAGGACCGAAGGUGGCCGACCAAGAGGGGCAGGAGAUGCUGACAAGGUGAAGCAGGCCAUGAAUGCCUUGGAUGCCAUGAAAUCACAAGGAAAGACUCCCACGAUUGAAGACUUCAACAAGGUGAUGUGGCGCUUUGCGUCCUCAAGCCGUUCGCAAUAUUCGCAGGCCCGCGACUUCCUCGAGACCAGCAUUUUGCCCGUCAUACAGCCCACUGCGAGGACCUUCCUGGAACUCUUGAGGUGCAACCGCAGGGGGGAUGGGCGCCGCGGCAUCUACACGCUGGAAUGGAUGCAUGAUCAGGGCUUCACCAUCACCAGGGCCCACGUUGAUGUGGUCGCAAGGCAGCUGGCCGAGGACUUUUUCAAUAAGAAGGUGCAAGACCUAGAGGGCUUGCUGGAGAAGGUCUUGGCUACUUUGGAGAGAAAGCUUCAGAGCGGCUUGUACCAAACCAUGAUUCUGAGAGCAGCUGAGGUUGGGCAGCUGGAGACGUCCAAGGAGUGGUACAUGCUGGCACAGCAGUCCGUCCCGGAUUUUCGGAUCUCGCCUCGGACUUGCCGAAAGGUGGCGAAGGCCCAUUUCAAGGGAAACGACGUGGUCGGCACCUUUUGGUGGUUGGAGCAGGCCAGAAGACCGCGGCGAGAACAGCUCGGCGAAUUCAUCGACUAUGUCGCACAAGGCGAUUUCUCCGGCUCUGAGCAGCGAGCCGACAGGAGGGCAGGUCUGGUGGAUCGCUUGGCCGCCUUUGUGACCAGGUUGGCGUCGGAAAAGGAACUCCAGAAAGAGGAGGUGCCCUACUUGGAGGUCAUCGAGGCCUAUGCUGCUGCAAAACAUCCACAAGGUGCAACAGCUUGGCUGGAGGAAAUGGUCGCAGCACUUGGUGAUGCACCUGUCGAGGCGUACAACACCGUCAUCAGGAGCUAUGCGGAGGCCGGUGACAUGGAGGCCGCCAACCGGUGGCUUGCAAGGCUACAGGCCUCCAGCACGGAGCCCACAGAGGCUUCGUACGAAGCGGUCCUGGAGGCAUAUGCCUCAAAGGGCGAUGUUGCCAAGGCCCAGGAGAUCUGGAAGGAGCUCGCCGCUGCGCCCAGCAACGAGGCCUCUUGCUCCAUGCUCCGCACGUUCUGCGUGGCCAAAGAUGCCGAGCAGGUGGAGGCGUUUCUGGAGCGUUUGGAAUGGGAGGGUGUGCAGCUGAACCAGCGAACUUACCUGGAGCUUGUCAGGUUUUACAUUCACCAGGGCAGCUUGGAGAAAGCGUUGAUCCUUUCAGAAGAGAUGGCCAUGGGUGAAGUUGAGACCGGAUCCCGUGCCUGGGUGGAACAGCUACAGGCUGCACAUGAGCGACAGGACCGCGGGCAUGCUGAGAAGGUGGCUCUCGCCAUGGCCCAGCAGAAAGUUCGCUUGAACCCAGAGGAUGCAGGACUGCUGCGAGAAGUGCUUGGGGACAGCUUUGAGGCAAGCUCGGUGAUAUCUUCACUUACUAAACGCCGAUGAGGAUGGACGCCCUAGCAUCAGUGCUGAGCUGAAAUUGCAGCGGGAAUUUGGAUGGAUUAACAGAUGCUUUGAGAGCGUUCAAGUGACAUGUGAUAGUUGUUUUUUGGCUCCUUACUCUUCCUGCUGGGCGAGGAUAGAGUCAGGGGGGGCAUCCCCUUUCCAGCUUGGACAAAACUAUACAAAUCAUUUACAGUAUUUAGUAGCCUGUGCGACAUGCGUAGUGCCGCACAUGUGUCCAUCUGCGAGCGCUUGGUUUCAUCCACUGGGCAG